UGGCAUACGUACUGCACAAGUCGCCAUACGUUUUCCCCGUCAUCGGGUGUCGGACUGUUGAGCAUCUGGAGUCGAACAUCGAGAGUCUUGCGGUUGCGUUGACCGACGAAGAGAUCUACGAGAUUGAGGAUGCGACGCCGUUCGAUAUCGGCUUUCCCAUGUCGUUCUUGUUUGAGAUGCCGGGGCAGAAGUAUCGGAGUGAUAUGACAACCAGGCAUAUCUGGCAGGUUACCUGUAAUACUCGUCUUGAGGCCGUUCCCAAGCUUCGGGGAUACAACCAGAUGGAUCGGUAGGAUUCUGAUAUUACUAGAUAGCUAGUUUUCUGGAAUGAACAUGAACUUUCGGGGUCCGAAUCCCCUCGAAAUAGCGUAUAUAAUUUUCCGCUUCCCCAGUAUUCCAGGACUGACACCACCCAAUUUUACCCCCUUAAUCAUGUCAGACAACUACCGCCUCGACGGAAAAGUCGCCCUUGUCACCGGCGCCGGCCGUGGAAUUGGCGCUGCCAUCGCAGUAGCUCUCGGUCAGCGCGGCGCCAAAGUCGUCGUCAACUAUGCCAACUCGCACGAGGCCGCCGAGAAGGUCGUCCAUGAAAUCAAAGCAAACGGUAGCGAUGCGAUUGCACUCAAGGCCGACGUUGGCGACCCCGAGGCUGUGGCCAAAUUGAUGGACAAGGCUGUAGACCAUUUUGGAUAUCUCGAUAUUGUGUCCUCGAAUGCUGGGAUUGUCUCGUUUGGACAUCUCAAGGAUGUUACACCAGACGAAUUUGACCGCGUCUUCCGAGUCAACACCCGCGGCCAGUUCUUCGUUGCGCGUGAAGCCUAUCGCCAUCUACGCGAAGGAGGCCGCAUCAUCCUAACCAGCUCCAACACUGCGUCGGUCAAGGGGGUACCCAAACACGCCAUCUACUCAGGAUCCAAGGGUGCCAUUGAUACAUUUGUCCGCUGCCUGGCCAUCGACUGCGGGGACAAGAAGAUCACCGUGAAUGCCGUUGCUCCUGGCGCCAUCAAGACGGACAUGUUUCUUGCCGUGUCCCGGGAGUAUAUUCCGAACGGCGAGAGCUUUACCGAUGAGCAGGUCGAUGAGGUAUGCAGUCUGCCUUCGAUUAGUGGUGUAUUUGCUAAUAGUUAGUGUGCUGCGUGGUUGUCGCCUUUGAACCGAGUCGGUCUGCCGGACGAUGUAGCCCGAGUGGUCAGCUUCCUGGCAUCGGACGCAGCAGAAUGGGUUAGUGGGAAAAUCAUCGGCGUCGAUGGAGGCGCAUUUCGAUAGAUUAUCUUAAA